CGGUGGCGCUUAUUAGCCAUCGUUUGCCCUAAUUUAAAGCCUAAAGCAGGGUUCCCUGUCUUAGGGGACUUUCUGCCCCAGAGAGACACUCUGGCUGCAGCUGAGUGUUUUAUGCUCAGAUUUAUGUGUGUCAUGGCAUUUUUAAUGCUUGAUGUCAGAGGUGAUAAAUGGCCACGGGAAUGGGGAGCCCCUGAAACACCUGCUGAGCUGAUGGUGGUGGAGGCGGUGUCUGGGGUGGGACGGGAGAAAUGAGACAGAGAUCUGUUUGGAAAUUCUGCUGAAGUUAUCAAGUUUCUGUUCAAGUAUACCAGUUAUGGGAUAAGUUGAUAAAUCCAGUUUUAGGACUUUGUGAUUGAAGAGAUUUGAGUGCAAAGAGACUCGGGUGACCUGGUUUGGCAAAGAAUGUUUGGGGUAGCCUAAGGUCUUUUACCAUUUCCUCUUGGCAUGUUAAUUUUCUUGUCACAAAUGCUCAAAUACAUGAAUGAUUCCAGGACAGGAAAGAAGUAGGGGACAGCAUUUAUUACAGGCCUGAACCCAAGAUUGAGAUGUUUUCAAAUGCACCAAUCUGUAGCUAGGAAAAGGAAAACAGUGUUUACCUGCAGGGUUGGUAGGUUGAGAGAACUUGCUCUUUGUUUGAGACUCUCAGUCCAUACUCAUAUUUCAUUUGUGUAAUGCCGUAAAUAUUAAGGAUUGAGUGGUCAGGAUGGUCAUCAUGCCAUUCCUAAGGUUUGUGUGAUUUGAAUUUUCAUAAUUGAUAUUUCAACUAAAGCAUUACUACAUAAAGGGAUCCUAGGGUGCGUCUUACUAUGAAUUCCUCAGUGUGUCUUGGAUUUGAUAUGUAAAGUCUAAUUAAGAUGGAAUACACGUAUUUAUUUGGAUUCAGCUUUAACUUGGAGAUAAUCCUGAGUCAUGCUUUCAAGAAGUUCCUUCUGUGCUCAAGAGCUCAGAUGUCUGAGAAUGCACACUCCCCUUUACCUUAGUUCUCCCUUCUGGAGCUCCGGGAAAAGGAGGACCUGGGGAGAUUGGAAGCAGAUUAAGAGGACUUCUCUUCCAUAUUUGCCCUGUCUUCCUGCCGUGCUCUUAAAUUACUUGUGUUCACACUCUGAAGUUUCUUAAUUCACCAUAGGACGUUUGUUUAUGUUGUCACUAGUAUCUUUAUGUUUGUUUAAUACUUGCCAGUUUACAAAUGGUUUUCUAUUCAUGAUCUCACUUAUUUUCUCCUGUCCUGCAAAGACACAACGGGGCAUAAAGAGUGAUAAAUAGUAAUGGAACAGAAUUGGGAUUACAGAUCCUUACCCAUAACCAGUUCUCUUUCCUCUGCACUGGUCUGUGUGUGACUUCAGAACUUCCUCUGAUCUGUUACUCUGUAGGUUACUUGUUACCUUUGUGUUGUGCCUAAGUGGUAUUAUUACUUUUGUUUUAUCUUGUAGAAACUGAGGGUAAGAGGAAAUGAAUUAUUUUGUGACUGUUUGUGACUGUUCUUUGUAUUAAAGUCAGUUUUCAACUUAGCCUUUUAGUGGAGAGAGGGGAGAGAGAAAAGAACUAGUUUUAGGAAGAAGCAGUCCAUUUCUUCAGUGUAUGUUAGGAUAGCCUACCAUGAUAAUCACAUUCUUGUGCGCCUGGCUACUUGUGCCAGCCUGUAUGUGAAUGUUAACCCAAAAGACUCCUUUAGAUGUCGCUGAACUAGUUACGGUACUAUAAAAAGUAUCUCACUUUCAAACUCCCACGUUUCAAGAACAGAGAAAUUCAGUACAGAGGUAAUUUGAAGUUUCCCUGGAACCUGGGCUCCCCAAGACGCAGAGCUGGAGCAGAUGGAUAAUGGAGACUGGGGCUAUAUGAUGACUGACCCAGUCACGUUAAAUGUAGGUGGACACUUGUAUACAACGUCUCUCACCACAUUGACGCGAUACCCGGAUUCCAUGCUUGGAGCUAUGUUUGGGGGGGACUUCCCCACAGCUCGAGACCCUCAAGGCAAUUACUUCAUUGAUCGCGAUGGACCUCUUUUCCGUUAUGUCCUCAACUUCUUAAGAACUUCAGAGUUGACCUUACCCCUGGAUUUUAAGGAAUUUGAUCUGCUUCGGAAAGAAGCAGAUUUUUAUCAGAUCGAGCCCUUGAUUCAGUGUCUCAAUGACCCUAAGCCUUUAUAUCCUAUGGAUACUUUUGAAGAAGUUGUGGAGUUAUCUAGUACCCGGAAGCUUUCUAAGUACUCUAAUCCAGUAGCUGUCAUCAUAACCCAGUUAACCAUCACCACCAAGGUCCAUUCCUUACUAGAAGGCAUCUCAAACUAUUUCACAAAGUGGAAUAAGCACAUGAUGGACACCAGAGACUGCCAGGUCUCCUUCACUUUCGGACCCUGCGAUUAUCACCAGGAAGUUUCCCUGCGGGUCCACCUGAUGGAGUACAUCACAAAGCAAGGCUUCACGAUCCGCAACACCCGAGUGCAUCACAUGAGUGAGCGGGCCAACGAGAACACAGUGGAGCACAACUGGACUUUCUGCCGGCUGGCCCGGAAGACGGACGACUGACGGCCGGCCGGCUGGGGAUGCACUCCUGGAAAUGGACUCUCCAGGAGGUAGAAGAGACUGAUUUUUUUUUUUUUCCUAAAUAACAGUGUGGGAUUCUUUUUUUCUACUUUGUAUUUAUUUGAAGACAUUGAGGACCAGAAGGAGGUUUUGUGCUUCAGCAGACUCUUCUGUUUGUUCCCUUCACCCUGAGUUUGCAUGUGCCUGUUCAGAGCCUCCAGAUACCUUUUUUAUAAAAAGAAGUCUGAAAAUCAUUAUGGUAUAUAAUCUACCCUUAACAGAGCUUUUUUAAAAUUACAGUGCUAAGAUGAUUUCUGAUUAAAUGGUCCCUAACUCAGCUAGAAGGCUAAAAAUGCAGGAAUGAAAGAAUGAACAGAGUAGUCAUGAUGCCUUUGAAGAAUCAAAACAUCAUGUAGGGUGACCUAGUUUCCAAAUCAAUAACCAGUAUUGUAAUGGUAAAGGAAAACGGUUCCAAUCAUUUAAAAGUACAUGUUAAGUACUGCUUUUUGCAGUUAUGACAACUGUUUCUUCCUAUGCAUAUAAAUCAAGCAACCAAAUAUCUGUAGCCAUGGAAAUGUCUGACUAGAAAUAUUUAUAUUGGAUUCUGAAUACAAAAUCUCCCUGUGGUAGAAAUCUUACUUCUUAUGCCUGGUGCAGUAUAAUUCCCAAGUGUACUGUCUACCAGAAAAAAAAACAAAACAAAAAACUAAUAAAAAAUGAAAU